AUGGCAUCAGGGAAAGGCAUCCUUGUGCUGCUCACCCUUCUGCUGACCCAGGUGGGCAGGGGUAACCCUCAGGAUAAUGCCACCCCAUCUUUAGCCUUCGUGUUUGAUGUCACCGGCUCCAUGUAUGAUGAUCUCAGACAGGUGAUCGAAGGGGCCAACCGGAUUCUGGAACGCACCCUGAAUCGUAGGACCAAACCAAUCAGCAGUUAUGUGCUGGUCCCAUUCCAUGACCCAGAGAUAGGACCUGUCACCAUCACCGCAGAUCCAGAAAAAUUCAAGAGAGAGUUGGAAGAGUUAUAUGUCCAGGGUGGGGGGGACUGCCCUGAGAUGAGUGUGGGUGCAAUUAAGAUGGCGCUGGAGGUCUCCCAGCCUGGAUCCUUUAUUUAUGUUUUCACGGACGCUCGAGCCAAAGAUUUCAGGAAAAAACAGGAGGUCCUGCAGUUGUUGCAGCUCAAGCAGUCGCAGGUUGUCUUCGUGCUGACAGGAGACUGUGGGGACCGGAGUCACCCAGGUUAUCGCGUGUACGAAGAGAUUGCAGCCACCAGUUCCGGGCAGAUUUUCCAUUUGGACAAGCAGCAGGUCAAUGAGGUGCUGAAGUGGGUGGAGGAAGCCAUUCAAGCCUCAAAAGUCCACCUGCUCUCCACUGACCAUGAGGCUGCGGGUGAGAGACAGUGGGAGAUUCCAUUUGAUCCAAGCCUCAAAGAGGUCACCAUAUCUCUUAGUGGUCCAGAGCCACUUAUCCAGGUCACUGAUCCCACAGGGAAAGCACUUACCGUGAGCCAGGGGCUGGAGGAGCUUCUCAGUAUCCCAAAUUCUGCUCUGGUUUUGGGGCUGAAGCCGUCUGUGUCUGGAAUAUGGGUCAUCAAGAUCAGCAGCAGAGGGCGGCACACUGUCAGAGUCACUGGGGUCAGCACGCUGGAUUUCCGCGCAGCUUUCUCUACAACGGCCAUAGUAGAUCCGCUACGAGUCACCGAGCGGCCAAUGCAAGGAGUGCCCAUCUCAGCUCUGAUAAACUGCACCGGCCUCUCUCCGCCCGGCACGGUGAACACUCUGGACCUCCUGCGCGUUUCCGGAGAGUCCUACUUCUCUUUGCCGGCACAGCGUCUGCCAUAUAAGCGCAGCAAGCAGCUGUGGACAGUGCCUUUGUUCCAGGCACCCAGGGGAAGUUUCUUCAUGAAAGUUAACGGGACUGACCACAGUGGCCACCAGUUCCAGCGACUGUCCAAUGUGGCCUAUACCAGCAUCAUACCAGAUGUUCCUGCUGUGGCUAUGCCACCUCACAUCCAGGGAUUUUACCAGCGGCCGCUGAUUAUAACCUGCUCAGUUCUCAGUGAUAUCCCCUUCCGGGUACGGUUUUCCAGGGAUGGUGAGAGACUGGGGGAGGAGCUGCUCCAUACAGAACCCUCCAAUGCUACCUAUGAGAUCCCGUCUGCUUUGGCUCGGCAUGAAGGAAUGUACCAGUGUAUGGCCAUCAGUAACGCUGGGGCAGGGUAUGCUCAAGCGCAGGUGUCCGUGGCAGAUCCCCCUCCCACAAUCUCCCUCCACUCUAACGUCACGGCUUCUCCUGGCGACCUGGCAGUCCUCUCUUGCCAUGUUCUUGGUGAUGUCCGCUACAACCUCACCUGGCAACACGAUGGUAAGGCACUGAAGGAGGGACGGCUGUGGAUCCUGCCCAACUCCUCCCUGCAGAUUCAGGAUGUUCAGCCUGGCGACACCGGACUGUACCAGUGCACUGCCAGGAACAGCCAUGGGGCUACCACGGCCAGUGUCUGGCUCACUGUGCAGGAGCCCCCACGUAUACAGAUGGAGUCAAGUUCCGCACAGUUGUCUCAUGGAGGGGAAGUGAGGAUCCGAUGUGAUGUGUCUGGGUACCCUGAGCCCCAGAUCUCCUGGAAACAUGGUGACACCAUUCUCAGCAAUGACAACAAACAUACGAUCAUUGAUGGCAACAUCCUGGUGAUAAAGGAAGCAAGCCAGGAGGAUUCUGGGAAUUACAGCUGUGUGGCUUCUAAUGAUUUAGGGAGCGAUGAACAGUCAUUAACCCUUACCUACACUGAACGUCCGAAAGCCACAGCUGUGAAAGCUACAGUGCAGGUGCCCGUAGGAGAGGAGGCGGUGUUACAGUGUGUGACUGAGGGUCUUCCUCUGCCGCUGGUCAUGUGGUACAAAGGUGACCAGGAAGUCUCGGGCCCUGGUAUUGGCCCACAAGAACAGACCCUGACUCUCCAGGAAGUGACUGAGGAGGAUGCUGGGGAAUAUACCUGCGUCGCCUCAAAUGAGGCAGGCUCAUCAUCUGAUGCCAUUCAGCUGGAAGUGGGCACCCCACCUCAGUUUAUAGAUUUCCCCCUGGAUGUGGAGGUCGAUGUUGGGGAGAGCGCAAAGCUUAUUUGCAGCGCAGAGGGGAACCCCACUCCAACUGUGUCCUGGUUCCGACAAGAAGAAGGUCCGGUAGUGCCAUCUGGAACAACAGAGGUCAUCGAUGGUCUUGGGUCAAACACAGUUCACGUAAAAAUUGCCCGUCCGGAGGACACAGGGGUGUAUGUGUGCCAGGCCAGGAAUCCAUUUGGCUGGGUAGAAGCGGAAAUCCUGCUUACGGUCACUGGACUUGUUGCCCCGCAGGUGAUUGCGGCCCCAUCAGAGGUGACUGUUCUGGAAGGAAAUCCAGUGUCCCUGCCCUGCACCGUUACAGCUGGAAACCCACUUCCUGUGCAACGAUGGGUGAAAGACUCAGGCCCUCUGCAGUUCCUCUGGCGUCACUCCAUUGAUGGAGCAGGUGGCCUGCACAUAGAGCCAGCCUUGAGAGAGGAUGCUGGGAGCUACGUCUGCGAGCUGUCCAAUGCCGCCGGAUCAACCAACCACAGCAUCCUCCUCCGUGUCCAUGUGGCUCCGACCAUUGUUUCUGGACCUGCAGAAUAUAUCACUCGAGAGGGCAGAGCUAUAACAAUACCAUGUAAUGCCAAAGGACACCCACCACCUAUUGUGACAUGGGCAAAGGAAGAAGAAUUGCUCUCCCCAGACAGCAGCCUUUACCAGGUGAAUAGAGAUGGGAGCCUUUUGAUUCUGCUGCCCUCUAGUGCUGACUCUGGUCAGUACACCUGCACUGCUACAAACCAGGUGGGGGCCACUAGCCGAGUGUCCCACCUCUUAGUGCACACAAAGCCUAGGAUAAAUGUGAACGUGUCUCAUGACCCUACUGUCCCAGUCCAAGUGGUGGCAGCGCUGGGAGCAGAGAUUGUGCUGUUAUGUGAAGUCCAAGGUGUGCCUCUUCCUACUGCUUCUUGGAGGAAAGACUCUUUACCACUGCCCAUUGUCUCUGCCAGACACCACCUGCUGCCAUCUGGGUCUCUCAGGCUGUCCGAGCUCAGGGUGAUGGACAGCGGAUAUUACACCUGCCUGGCCUCCAACAUUGCGGGGAACACAUCACUUACUUACAGCCUGGAGGUACAAGUUCCGCCACGUCUUCACCCUGGACCUAAGGUCUUGAAGACUCUUCUGGGGCGUUCGCUGGCACUGCCUUGUGUGGCGCAUGGAGACCCAAUUCCAAGGCUAAGUUGGUAUAAAAAUGGUGAAGCCAUGAGAGUUGGAGACCAGGACUCCUUGCAAGGGCCUGAUGGCACCAUUAGUGUUCUGGAGGUACAGCUCUCUGAUUCCGGGGUUUACCGCUGUGUGGCUUCCAGCAGCGCUGGUGAAGAUGUGCUGGAGUUCCGGCUUGAAGUUUUAGAGCCACCAAACUUAAAGGAUGGCUCUGAUGUCCUACUGGAGCAAACUGCCUAUGAGCCAGUAGUUCUGACAUGCCCUGUACAAGGGACUCCAAUGCCGUUGAUUCGCUGGCUUAAGAACGGGGUAAUGCUAAGAAGCAACUUGCCAGGAGUGACACAGUUGGGUAACGGCUCCUUACUGAUUGAAUCACCAGUGCCUAAUCACAGUGGAGACUACAUGUGCUUGGCAACAAAUGAAGCUGGUUCAGCAAGGAGGAAGACUAAACUUGUGGUGUAUGCACCACCCAGGAUUCUCGAGAACGGACAAGCACAAAAUAUCUCGUUGAUGGCCAGUCAGCCUCUCAUUUUGGGUUGUGAGGUAGACGGUGUCCCCAUCCCAACCAUAACUUGGACCAAAGAUGACAAAAUACUCACCGAGGGUGCAGGUCUCAACUUCCAGUCCGCCGCUCAGUCCCUGCGCUUCCACCGGCUACGUAAGGACGAUACAGGGUCAUACACAUGCAGAGCAGUGAACCGUGCUGGAGAGGCCCAACGUACCUACAACGUCUUGGUGCUUGUCCCACCAACAAUUUACGGAGCUGGGUCUCUCCAGGAUUUGACUGCGAGGGAGGGUUCAGAGGUCGAGUUGCACUGCAGAGUGUCGGGGCUGCCCAAACCGCAGGUGGAGUGGACAAAGGAUGGGCAACCAGUGUUUCCAGGGGACGCUCACACUCAGCUCCUAACAGGAGGACAAGUCCUGAAAGUGACCAGCACAAAGCUGUCACAUCAGGGCAGAUACCAGUGCCUGGCCUUUAAUCACGCCGGCCAACAAGUCAAAGACUUCAACCUAAAGAUUCUCACUCCACCCACUGUCUGGUCCUCCAAUGAGACAACAACAAUGGCUUCUCUACUGCAUGGGUCUGUGGAGUUGAAGUGUGAAGCAAAGGGAUCCCCCUCUCCCAGCAUCACAUGGUUUAAGGACAAGCGUCCAAUCGUAUCCAGCCCUACAGCCACCUACAAGGAAAGUGGGAGGAGCUUGCAACUGAGCCGAGUACAACUAUCUGACGCUGGCACAUAUACUUGCAGAGCCAAUAACCACGCUGGCACUGUUGAAAAAUCGUAUCUGCUAGAGGUUUAUGUUGCCCCGCAUAUUGAUGGUGGAGGGGUGAAGCCAGUGAGCAUUAAGUCUGUGCUGGGCCGCCCUUUGGACUUAGAGUGCUCUGCCACUGGUCACCCGCCCCCCGUGCUUUCCUGGCUUAAAGAUGGACUUAUGGUGACUGAGAGAGAUGGGCUGCAGAUCAAGGAUGGCGGGCGGACUCUAAGUCUUGCUGCAGUGACCGAGAGCUCUCAGGGGACUUUCGCCUGUGUUGCCAUCAGCCUGGCAGGGGAAUCUACCUUACAAUACUCUGUGGAAGUUCUCGUUCCUCCCAACGUGCAGAUUAGUGGAGUUUCUGAUCAUGUCACUGUGACAGUAAAUGCCCCAUUAGAUCUUUCUUGUCAUGUUACUGGUCGCCCAACUCCCAGAGUGUGGUGGCUGAGAAACGGUCGCCCUGUGGAUGAUCAGGAUGGUUUGGAGAUAUUAGAUGGAGGGAGAACCUUAGCCAUCCGUCUGACACAGUCCGGACAUGCUGGGAGAUACACAUGUAGAGCUGAAGGCGAUGCUGGAAUGGCAGAGGCAGCCGUGGAUGUGUUAGUGCAGGAGCUCCCUGUGGUCAGAAUUACUGGCAGCAGCAAUGUGUCUGCGAAGUUACGGGAACCAGUGGUCCUGGAGUGCGAUGCGUCAGGCUCCCCACCGCCCUCUGUGAGCUGGUGGAAGGACCAAUCCCAGUUAGCAGCCAGUGGACCCAAAUUGCAGAUCCAGUCACUCUCCAUUGAUGAUGAAGGUGUUUAUACAUGUGUCGCUGUGAACGCAGCAGGAGAAGGGAGACAGGACGUCAUACUCAAUGUGCUGGUACCACCUAAUAUUGAACCUACGGAUGUGAACCAGACUGUGGUGGAAAACCUCUCAGCGACUUUGGAGUGCCUGGCAUCAGGAAGCCCUGUGCCUGUGGUGUCCUGGUACAGAGGGGAGCAGCUGCUGUCAGCCUUGCCCGGCAUCACCCUGCUAAACGAGGGCAGGACCCUGCACAUUGAGAGGGUCAGCAGUACUGACACUGGAGAAUAUAUCUGUGUGGUGUCUAAUACAGCCGGCAGCAGCGAGCUGCGCUACACGCUGGAGGUGUACGUGCCCUCAAGGAUUGUAUCAAUGACAGAGCCCUCCACAUACCUGGUGAAUGAGCAAGUCUGGUUAGAAUGUAAUGCCACCGGGUUUCCAGAACCGACCCUCAUGUGGUUGAAGGAAAAAGUGCCUGUUUCCACUGCGACUGCUGGACUCCAGAUAUUUGAGCAGGGGAGAAUUCUUUCCCUUUCUGCAGCCCAUGUGUCGGACUCUGGAAUAUACACGUGUGUUGCAGUGAAUUCUGCUGGAGAGGACAGCCGGGACAUUGAGCUCCAGGUAUACGUGCCCCCGAGUAUCCUGGGAGAGGAGUUCAACGCUUCGGUCACUGUCAAUCAGCCUAUUAUCCUGGAAUGUCAGAGCAGUGCCAUCCCACCGCCUACUAUCACAUGGCUGAAAGAUGGACACCCCCUUCCGAAAAGGACAGGGAUUCGAGUCGCAGAGAAUGGGCGCUACCUACAGAUUGACCAGGCUCAGCUGCGGGACGCUGGAAGAUACACCUGUGAGGCCUCCAAUGAUGCUGGCCGUUCAGAGAAGCAUUAUAAUGUCAUUAUCUGGGUGCCUCCUAAUUUCCCAACAUCCCCUGAGCCCCCCAUGUCAGUCAUUGAGGGCCACGCCAUCAGUUUUACCUGUGAAUGCCAGGGGUCCCCUCCCCCGCUACUCACCUGGGUAAAGAACGGAUCCCCCCUCGCGGACGAGUAUCUGCCUCUGGUGUCUGCAGGAGGAAGGCUGCUACAGAUCAGUAAGGUGCAGGUGUCAGAUGAAGGAAAGUACACCUGUGUGUGCAGUAAUGAGGCUGGAAGCAGUCAGCGGGACUACUGGCUGGAGGUGUAUGCCGGGCCAGUAAUAACUGGGAGCAGCAAUGUCCCCACACAAGUGACAUCGACACGAGGCAGCCAAGUCACCUUGGAAUGUGCGGUCAGUGGAAAGCCCAUCCCAUCUGUGACCUGGCUGAAAGACGGUUUUCCAUUGGGGACCGGAGCAGACUUGAUCUUAAAAAACAAGGGGCAGCAUCUCAGCAUACCCCGGGUGCAACCCACCCACUCAGGUCGCUAUGUCUGCGUGGCUGUGAAUGCAGCUGGUCAGACAGACAUUAAAUAUGACCUCAUGGUGCAAAUCCCACCAGAGCUCACAAACCUCCAGACAGAGCCACAUGAUGUCUCUGUGACUUUACAUGGUACCUUCACCCUCAUCUGCGAAGCUACCGGCUUCCCACCCCCAGCCGUUACGUGGUACAGAGAUAACACCCCCCUGACCCAGCAGGAGACCGUUCAUGUCCAAUCAGGAGGACGGGUUCUUAAGGUAGUAAAUGCACAGGUUGAAGAUAGCGGAAUCUAUACUUGUCUUGUCACUAACGCAGCCGGAGAAGCCAAGAAGAACUUCAUUGUGGACGUCUUAGUUCCUCCGAUCAUAGAAGAAGAUGAAGAUGACAAGGACUUCAGAAUAGCAGCUGGCCAGCCCAUUCGCCUUCGCUGCAGAGUUUCAGGACACCCGUCACCUCGCAUAACCUGGUUCAGGGAUUCCCAGCCCGUACACAGUGGAGAUGGCAUUCAGAUCUCCAGCGAUGGAUCUGAGCUGCACAUUCAGGCCGCUACUGUGUUUAGUGCUGGCCAUUACGCCUGUCUGGCCAUUAAUCCCGUUGCUGAGAGAAGCAAACACUUUGUAUUAACCGUGUUAGUGGGUCCCACCAUUUCUGGAACCCUUGAUGAUGGAAUGAAUGAAGAUGUCAUAGUCAUUGUCAAUAACCCUCUAUCGCUCAUCUGUGAAGCUCUGGGAUUUCCAAUACCUACUAUUACUUGGCUAAAAAACGGGCAACCAUUCACAGAUUCACACAAUGUAAAGAGAAUACCUGGAGGUCAUGGGCUGCAAAUAAUCAAUGCUCAGGAGGAGGAUGCUGGUCAGUACACCUGUCUAGUCACCAAUGAGAUUGGAGAAGCCACCCGGAAUUACGAAGUCAAAGUGUUUAUCCCUCCGCAAAUCACAUGGAAUGACUCUGGGGAAAAUAUCAGCAUCAAGGAGGUAAAGACCAAGGUGAACAGCAGCCUAACCCUUCAGUGUGACUCCCGGGCCGUGCCCAAGCCCAACCUGCACUGGUACAAGGAUGGACAGCUGCUGGAAAGUCUUGGUACGGUGCAGAUUUUAGGUGAUGGACAUGUAUUGCAGAUCCAGCCUAUCCGGGUCACUGACUCGGGGCGCUAUACAUGUGUUGCCACCAAUAUUGCCGGCGAGGAUGAAAGAGAAUUUCAUGUGAAUGUUCAGGUCCCUCCUGUAUUCCAUAGGCCGGGGGGCUCCAGCGCUGCUUUUGAGCUGGCAUUUCGAGAGGACGACGAGGAAGAGCUCACAGAACAUAGGGAGGUUGUUGCCUCAAAUCCUAUCUCUCUGUACUGUGAUACCAAUGCCAUACCUCCACCCACCCUGACCUGGUACAAGGACGGGAAGCCCAUCGCUGUGUCUGACGGGACCCUGAUUCUGCUGGAUGGGCGCAUCCUGCAGAUCCCUAUGUCUCGUGCAGAGCAUGCUGGGAAAUACACGUGUGAGGCAGCUAAUGAAGCAGGGGAGGAUAGGCUGCAUUAUGAGCUUGUGGUUCUGUCUCCCCCUGUACUGCUCAGAGAGGUGGACGGUUUGAUACAGGAUGUCUCUGUUAUACACAACCAAACAGUGGAACUUACCUGUGAGGCAACCGGUAACCCCCCGCCGACAAUCACGUGGCUGAGAAAUGGGCUGACCCUGAGCACCACCAACACAUUCCAAAUACUAGAUGAAGGAAGUAGGCUACAGAUCCAUUCAGUGCAAGUGACUGAAGCAGACAGCUAUGUGUGUGUGGCAGAGAAUCCAGCGGGAUUUGCAGAGAGACUCUUUACCCUAAAUGUGCAUGUUCCACCCAGAAUAUUCGGUGCAACAUCUGAAAAUGUCAGCGCUGUUCUUCACAGCUCAUUAUCUCUGGUGUGCGAUGUCCAGUCUCAUCCCUCUCCUGAUGUUACCUGGUACAAGGAUGGGCAGAUCAUACAACCUGGCAAGGGGUUACUUGUAAUGCCAGGUGGGCAAGUCCUGCAGAUUGCUCGAGUACAGCUCUCCAACCAGGGAACAUACAUGUGCAAAGUGAAGAACCCAGCAGGAUCUGCUGAAAAACAGGUUGAUCUCACAGUUUAUGUCCCACCCAGUAUAAAAGAACCGCCCAGCGGGAACAAAGAGGCUGUUCUUGGUCUUGGGGGGACCCUUACAUUAGCGUGUGAGACUGAUGCUGUACCAGAGCCAACCGUCACCUGGUAUAAGAACGGGCAACCCUUCACAGCCAGUAGUAGCGUCUCAUUCCGGAAGAGCGGGCAGAGACUGGAAAUUCGGGAUGUGCAGGCAUCCGAUAAGGGGCUGUACACCUGCAAAAUGUCCAACGUAGCAGGAGAGGCUGAACUGAACUACACCGUGAUUAUACGGCUGCCUGCGUCCAUCCUCCAUCCACAGAAUGAGACCGUCCAGUUGACUAUCGGCAGUUCCAUAUUCCUCUCAUGUGAGGCUCAAGGCUAUCCUCCUCCAAAGAUCACUUGGCUGAAAGAUGGGGAACCUCUAGAGCAUUCCGGUGAGCGGGGACUGAUCAUAAGAGGAAGCCGACUGCAAAUCAACAGAGCGCAGCAGUCGCACGGGGGGAUGUACAGCUGCAUAGUGCAGAACCACCUGGCGGAGGUUCACAAGGACUUCCUUCUGCUGAUACAGGUGGCUCCGAGAAUCCUUGGGUCAGAAAUACCCAGCGAGCGGAGCAUCCAUCUGAAACGGGAGGUGACACUUGAGUGUAAACCUGAAGGGACUCCCCCUCCCCAAAUCUUAUGGCUAAAGGAUGGAAAGCCCCUAGAAUUAUCCUCGGUGCCAAACAUCCGACUCUCCCAAGAUGGAAGUUCCCUUCUGCUGACUUCUGUCCAAGCCUCAGACUCUGGCCGCUACACAUGCCUAGCUCGUAACAUUGCUGGAGAAGACGCAAAGGUUUUCAUGUUGAAUGUACUUGUUCCUCCAUUGUUUGAAUCGGGCGCCAACGUUUCAGAGACCCUCAGCAGUGUCCCAGGAUCACAGGUGAACCUAGAUUGCCAUGCCAGCAGCUCCCUGCCCGUUCAACUGACAUGGUUAAAAGACGGAAACCAUCUCACUACUUCUCGAUUCCUCCGGAUCUCCUCUGGCGGGCGUAUCCUCCGGAUAUCCCAUGUGCAGGCUUCGGAUGCCGGAAUUUACACCUGCGUGGUAUCAAGUCCUGCUGGAUCCGCAGAGAAGACCUUUACCCUGCUGGUUGAGACCUUGCCGGUGGAGGAGACAUCUGAGGGCACAGAAGACGUCACUGCAGUCAAAGGAUCUUCAGUGACUUUCACUUGUGAAGCUCAUGGUUCUCCUCUACCUUCACUGUCAUGGGAGAAAGAUGGCGAGCCGCUCAACCUUCACAGUAACAUACUGCCCAACGGCUUGGGAACCCGACUGUACCUGGAAUCUGUCCACGCCGGUGAUUCGGGUCUCUACUCCUGCACUGCUCUGAAUAUAGCCAGGAAAGUUAGCAAGUACUUCCGCCUUAUAGUUCUAGAACCACCGAGGAUCGAGGGUCCUGCUCUCCCCACAGAGGUCUCAGUCUCGAUGGAUGAUCCUCUGGAACUAGUGUGCAAUGCAGUUGGUAUUCCUGUCCCUGAGGUCACCUGGGAGAAGGACAGGCUACCUUUGCCACGACCAGAUUUACUUACCAGAAAUGGAACCAUUUUACGGAUAGACCGGGUGAAGGCUGAGGAUGCUGGAGUCUAUGUGUGCGUGGCCAGUAACACAGCUGGGAGAGACGCGAUGGCCACCUGGGUGCGGCUGAAAGUCCCUCCCAGUGUCAUUGGAUCUAAUGAACCUCGGUCACUCUCAGUGUCCAUUGGAGGACAAUUGGUUCUUGAAUGUAGGAUGGAAGGAGAUCCUGCUCCAACCAUUCAGUGGUUCAGAGGAGAGGCACCCCUCCAGGUGGACAGACGAGUGCAGGUUCUAUCUAAGGGUCGUUAUAUACAGAUUCACAACUUGCAGGCCUCGGACAGCGGAGGAUACACCUGCGUAGCCACUAACCCAGUAGGCACAAGCAGCCUGAACUUCAUUGUGGAGAUACAAGUUGUACCUUCCAUCCUGCCUGGACCCUCAGUGGUCAGUGCACAUGUAAACCAAUCAGCCGUAUUACCCUGCAGGGGAGAGGGGCUCCCUCCACCAACUGUAACAUGGAGGAAGGAUGGCGGUCAGCUCUCUGUGGAGAUGUCUAGACUGGAGUUCCUUAGGGAUGGCUCCCUGCGCAUUCCCCAGGCUUUACUGCAGGAUUCUGGGUAUUAUCGCUGCACAGUCACAAACUCAGCAGGAGUUGCCCAUCGUGGUGUGGAGCUUCGGGUUUUUGCUAAUGGUGGCUUCUCUGAGUGGCAAGACUGGGGUCCAUGUUCUAGGACCUGUGGUAUGGGCGUACAAGAGAGGGUCCGGCUGUGUAACAACCCUCCUCCAUCCAAUGGUGGUAGCCCCUGUAUGGGACGAGACGUGGAUGUGAGGACCUGUAGCCUGCUUUUCUGCCCAGUGGACGGAGGUUGGACAGGCUGGAGUAGUUGGUCACAGUGUUCGGUAUCCUGCGGUGAAGGCAUUCGGCAGCGCAAUCGUUCCUGUUUCUCUCCCCCACCACAGAACGGGGGCAAAACCUGUGUUGGAAAGGACACUGAAGUAGAGACGUGCCUGCUGCCACAAUGUCGAGCUGUUGCCACUCGUGUCCGUGCCAGUCUCAUUGGCAUUAUUAAUGACCAGGAUUUCGGAAUAUCUUCACUCAGCGCCAACAUGACGGAAAACUCCCAGUCUGGAACCACCACCAUCACCAGCAGCAUUGAGAACAUCCCACCCUCCGUAGGACCUCUGAUGAAAGUGCUGGUUUCUAUGAUUGCACCACUGUACUGGUCCGGGGCUUUCCCCAAUGAGGGCGCUGCUAAUGGCUUCUCUCUAACCAAAGGUGUUUUUCGGAAAGAGUCUCAGGUGGAGUUUCCAGCAGGUGAACUACUGCGUAUUACACACAUUGGUCGGGGCUUGGACGCUGAAGACAUCCUGUGGUUUGAUGUUGUGAUCAAUGGAUUUGUGCCAGAAAGUUUAGCAUCUUCUGAUAUUGUCCUUCAGGAGUUCAGCGAGACAUAUGUGCAGACCGGAAGUGGACAGAUAAACGCUUGGGCCUCUCCAACCUUUACAAAAAAUGGAAGUUACUUAUCACUCCGCUGCAACCAUACGGUGGAGUACAGCCCGACUCUCGGCCGCCAGCAGAGACCCAGCCAGCGAGUGCACAUUAGCGCCAUCCAUUCCUCAUAUAUCCCCGAAUCAGAGGAGCUGCACUUCCAGCUAACAGCCUCACUUCAAGGAGGAUUAAAUGGUGGCGCGUGUCCUUCGGGCUUUGUGCAGUCUGCAGAUUUAUACUGUACAGAUGUAAACGAGUGUGAUCUGCGCCAGCCCUGCUCUCAUACAUGCCACAACAACCUGGGCAGCUUCUCCUGCUCCUGCCCGGCGGGAUAUGGUCUGGGAGUGGAUAACCGCAAUUGCCGAGAUCUAGAUGAGUGCAAAAUGGGUACUUACCAAUGCCCCUCCGGACUGGAGUGUAUCAACACAGCUGGAUCGUACCGCUGCCUCCUGCGCUGUGGCCCCGGCUUCCGACCCAACACUGAGGAAGCGGCCUGUGAAGAUGUUGAUGAGUGCAGCCAAUCAUCUCCGUGCCAGCAGAGGUGCCUGAAUACUAUUGGCUCGUAUCAGUGUGCUUGUGACCCAGGCUAUGAGCUUAAGGGCCCACGCUGUACAGAUAUAAAUGAAUGCCUACAAGGAGUGUGCCAGUCACAGCAACAAUGCAGGAACACGCUUGGAAGUUACCAGUGUGUGGACAUCUGCCCAGCGGGUACCACGCAAUCAGAGUCUGGAGCCUGCAGUGAUAUUGAUGAGUGUCGUGACGGCUCCCACAUGUGUCGCUACAACCAGCUGUGUGAGAACACUGUGGGGGGAUAUCGCUGCGCAUGUCCGCGAGGCUACAGGUCUCAGGGUGUCGGCAGACCAUGUCUGGAUAUUAAUGAAUGCCAGCAGGUGCCCAAACCCUGCGCGUACCAGUGUCAGAACCUUGCCGGCAGCUACAGGUGCCUGUGCCCACCUGGGAAGCAGCUCCUGGGAGAUGCACGGUCAUGUGCAGGAAUGGAGAGGCUUGGAAACAACACCGGUGCCCUGACUAGUGCUCGCAUUCAAGGAAACAAUGUGUAUAGCUGGUUGUCCUACAGCCAGAAUGGCAACGUGAUUGGCCAAGGCAGCACAGCUCGCUGUCCCCUGGGAUUUGUCCGUAGAAAUGGGGUGUGCACAGACAUAGAUGAAUGCCAACAGAGGAAUCUCUGCCAACACGAAUGUAGAAACACAGAGGGCAGCUACCAGUGUUUCUGCCCUUCAGGUUACCGGCUACUCCCCAACAACCGGAACUGCCAAGACAUUGACGAAUGUGCAGAGCAGAGAGUUAGCUGUGGAUCCAACCAGAUGUGUUUCAACACCAAAGGGGGACACCAGUGUCUGGAUACUCCGUGUCCUGCCUCUUACACAAAGGGCCCCAGCCCAGGGACGUGCUACCGGCGAUGUCUGACGGACUGCAGCACAGGCGGUCCCUACAGCCUGCAAUACAAACUCUUGACAUUACCUUAUGGGAUACCCACCAGUCACGAUGUCAUUCGCCUUAGCGCCUUCUCUGAAGGGGGUGUCCUGCAAAACCGAACCAGCUACACUGCUUUAGAACAAGAUUCCGGCAGCCCCUUUGCUAUCCGUGAUGAGGGGGGUCACGGCAUCAUCUAUACUCUGCGGCCACUGGACACCUCAGGAGUUUACCGACUAAAAGUGCAGGCGCUGACUCACAGCGCGCAGGGGAUUCGCUACCAUAGCGUAUUUAUAAUAUACAUCUCUGUUUCUCCGUAUCCCUAUUGAGCCCAAACACCCAGACUGGAGAAUUACGAGAACCCUGAAAGGCUACUAUGAAGCCAUCUUUCCAAAAAUGACAAACCUCCAUCACCGUAAUACUAAAAGUAUAUUUUUAUACAUUAUGCCAGUAUCAAUAUCGGAAGGUGCUUGCACUGCCCACUUAUGUGUGCCAGAUAUGGAAUCAGGAACUGGACAACUUUCUGCAGCAUUUUGAGCCUCACACAGGAUGAGAAAGAGAAUAACCCGUAGACAAAUCCUCAGUAUAGAAUGCGAGUGAAUGACUUUCAAUCACACAAGAGAUCAGGGUAAAUGAAUGAAUGGGAUAGUAAUGAUGCUUACACAGAGGGAUGCUGGCUGGCUGCUCACUUGGUUCUCUUCCAGCCCUGAUGCAACCUGCUGACCUGUCUGUACCUGUCUCAGGGAGUUGUAUGAUAGUUUUGAACCAACAGGGGGCGGCGUUCACUCAGGACAAUCCGUUGGGAAUGGAAAAGACACAGGUAACUGUAAUGACCUGCAAAUUUUAGGCAUCGGCAAAUUCCCGGCGAGUCUACCUGAUGUUUUAAAGGGGCAAUCAUUUAAAAGGCUAAACCAGAUUAGUUUUGUCUUUUAAAAUGAUUGCCCCUUUAAAACACUGGGUCGAUUCGCCCAAUGGCUGCAAGUCGCAAAAAUAAAAAGGUUUUGUGUCCCAUUCUAACCAAUUAGCUGCCUUCAUUGUUCUAGUACAGUUUAGCUAGUGAGCGCUGCUGUAUGUUUGUUUGCUUAGUUGCCUGUGCAUCGUUUUUUUACAAAUGCCCCUUGAUCAGUGGAUGACUGUGAUGCGAGUAUAGGUCUGGUGGAGGGGCUGUCUGCAAAAAGCCUACAUUUAAUUAUUACUAUUCAUUUUAUUCCUCAGCGUAUGUGAUUUUCAUCACUGCAGCUGGUUUUAUUCUACAGUUCUGUUUUAAUAAUAAUGAUGGGAAAAUUUGUAAACCAACAUGGCCUUAAAUUUAGACUAUAUCACUCAUUUACACACAGACGGUGGCUCUGCAACUGUUGUAGUAUGACCACUAGCUGGUAGGGGAUGCUGGGAUUUGUAGUUCUACAACAGGUGGGUUGCCCAGGCCUAAUGAAAUUCACAUCAGACAGAUAUUGGAAGGAAUGCUGCAAGACAGGCCAUCUCAGGAAUCCGUCACUGGCCCAGUUUCAACAAUCCCGGUGAGACCCGGGGCAGUUGCACCUUUACCCCAUAAGGAACACGGCACAGCUGCCUCCAAUAUGAAGCUACUGGUCAAUAAAUGCAAUCAAAAAGGAUUCUAUGAUUUUAAUUAAUAUUUUCCAAUUCCAUUGUUUAUCAAAAUAUGAUUUGUAUAUCAUGGUAAAAAUAUUUGUUGCAGGAAUGUUUUUUUUUUUUUGUAGUUAUUUAAUUGCUAGGAUUAUCCUCCUUCUCUCUUACUGGCAACCCCUGGGUAAUGCCGGUGAUAUUUUCUGUACCGCAGAGGGAACAGGUUCAGCAGAUACUUUAUGGUGCUAUGUAGUGGGAUUCCUGGAAGGAAAACACCUCCCACGUCACUCACGGUGAGCUGCGGGGAGGGCAGGUGCUAAUAUUAGGAAGGGGACCACUAGAACAAUGGGGGUAAUUCUGAGUUGAUCACAGCA